AUGGAGGACUACAUAAAAAUUGAGAAAAUUGGGGAAGGUACGUAUGGUGCUGUAUAUAAGGGUCGACAUAAAACAGGUCAGAUGGUAGCCAUGAAGAAAAUCAGAUUAGAGAAUGAGAAGGAGGGUGUUCCAAGUACUGCAAUUCAAGAAAUUUCUCUGUUGAAAGAACUUCGUCAUCCUAACAUUGUCAGCCUUCAAGAUGUACUUAUGCAAGAUGCUAGACUCUACCUCAUUUUUGAAUUUCUCUCUAUGGACCUCAAGAAAUACUUGGAUUCUAUCCCUCCUGGCCAGUAUAUGGAUUCUUCACUUGUUAAAAGUUAUUUGCUCUAUACACAUGAGGUGGUCACACUGUGGUACCAGUCUCCAGAGGUGAUGCUGGGGUAUGCUAGAUAUUCUACUCUAGUAGACAUUUGGAGUAUAGGCACAAUAUUUGCUGAAUUAGCAACCAAGAAGCCACUUUUCCAUGGGGAUUCUGAAAUUGACCAGUUCUUCCAAAUCUUCAGGGCUUUGGAGACUCCUAAUAAUGAAGUGUGGCCAGAAGUUGAGUUGCUGCAGGAUUAUAAGAAUACAUUACCCAAGUGGAAACCAGGAAGUGUGAUGUCACAUGUCAAGAAUCUCGAUGAAAAUGGCAUAGAUUUGCUCUCUAAAAUGUUGGUCUAUGAUCUUGCCAAAUGAAUUUCUGGCAAAAUGGCAUUGAACCAUCCAUAUUUUAAUGACCUGGACAGUCAGAUUAAGAAGCUCUAGUUGUCCAGCCAAGCAAUUCCUGGGGUUUUGUAUCAAGAAUGGAUAGUCCUCUUGUAACGUUAAGCUCU